UUCUCUAUCUCUCCUGAAAAUUCGCUUACUCUGUUUUUAUUUUCAUUUUAUUUAAUUCGAAUUUGACAUCCAACAAUUUGAGGCUUGUUCUUUUGAAAUUCCAUAUCAUUUGAGCGGUUUCUUCAACAGCCAGAUCUACUACUACAUUUUCUCAAGAGCGUGUUACAAGGUUAGGUGCCCGACUCUUCUAAUCGUACAGUACAAGUUGGUGGCAAAUCAUUUUCGAACAUCAGGUUAGAUUGAGCGUAUGCCUGGAAACAAGUACAAUGGUAAUUCGACCCAUAUACCAACUCGUGUGGGACGCCUCUUGCGGGAGAGAGAGCUAAGGGAGCAAAGGAAAAGCAGUAGAGCUUCCCAUUCAAAUGAUGUGAAUGAUAUUCAUAAGGCAGCUGAAAUAUCUGAGAAUGGCCCACGUUUUAGAGAAGGUGACACCUCUAGAGUUGCUUUGGUUGAAAAAUACUUGGAAGAUGCGGCACUUGCAAGGGCAUUGAUAGAGGGAUGUGAAAGACAAGAUGGAAAGCCUUUCAGGCAACGACUGUUGGUAGUGGCCAAUAGGCUUCCGGUUUCUGCUGUGAGGAGAGGUGAAGACUCGUGGUCACUGGAAAUAAGUGCUGGAGGUCUUGUAACUGCUCUCUUGGGUGUCAAGGAAUUUGAAGCAAGGUGGAUUGGAUGGGCUGGUGUAAACGUUCCAGAUGAGAUUGGACAGAAGGCACUUACUAAGGCUUUGGCUGAAAAGAGGUGUAUCCCUGUAUUCCUCGAUGAAGAGAUUGUUCAUCAGUACUACAAUGGUUAUUGCAACAAUAUUUUGUGGCCUCUUUUUCACUACCUUGGACUUCCACAAGAAGAUCGCCUUGCUACCACAAGAAGUUUCCAGUCCCAGUUUGCGGCAUACAAGAAAGCAAACCAAAUGUUUGCUGAUGUUGUAAAUAUGCACUAUGAAGAGGGGGAUGUCGUCUGGUGCCAUGAUUACCACCUCAUGUAUCUUCCAGAAUGCCUGAAGAAACACAACACCAAUAUGAAAGUUGGUUGGUUUCUACAUACACCAUUCCCUUCUUCUGAAAUUCAUAGGACACUGCCAUCAAGAUCUGAGCUUUUGCGUUCAGUUCUUGCUGCUGACUUGGUUGGUUUUCAUACCUAUGACUAUGCCAGACAUUUUGUUAGUGCGUGUACUCGAAUACUUGGAUUUGAGGGUACACCUGAAGGAGUUGAGGAUCAAGGGAGACUGACUCGUGUUGCUGCGUUUCCUAUUGGGAUAGACUCGGAGCGUUUCAUUCGUGCACUUGAGCUUCCUCAGGUCCAGGAACACAUCAAAGACUUGAAAGAAAGGUUUUCUGGCCGAAAGGUAAUGCUUGGCGUUGAUCGUCUUGAUAUGAUUAAAGGAAUUCCCCAAAAGAUAUUGGCAUUUGAAAAGUUUCUUGAGGAAAAUCCUUACUGGCGUGAUAAAGUUGUUUUACUGCAAAUUGCAGUGCCAACAAGGACUGAUGUUCCCGAAUACCAGAAACUUACAAGCCAAGUUCAUGAGAUUGUUGGGCGUAUUAAUGGUCGGUUUGGAUCAUUGACUGCAGUACCAAUACAUCACCUGGAUCGUUCACUCGACUUUCAAGCACUAUGUGCAUUAUACGCUGUUACUGAUGUCGCUCUUGUCACGUCCUUGAGGGAUGGCAUGAACCUUGUCAGUUAUGAGUUUGUUGCUUGCCAGGAUGCAAAGAAAGGGGUUCUCAUUCUCAGUGAAUUUGCUGGUGCUGCACAAUCUCUUGGUGCUGGAGCAAUUCUAGUAAAUCCCUGGAAUAUCACUGAAGUGGCUGCUUCUAUUAGCCAGGCUCUGAAUAUGUCAGCUGAAGAAAGGAAGAAGCGACAUCAACACAAUUUCCAUCACGUGACAUCACACACUGCUCAAGAAUGGGCUGAAACAUUUGUAAGUGAACUGAACGAUACUGUUGUUGAAGCAAAACUAAGGAUAAGCAAAAAGCCUCCUGAGCUUCCACAAAAUGAUCCAGUGGACCGCUACUUGCAGUCUAGCAACCGAUUGCUGAUACUGGGUCUUAAUGCAACUUUAACCGAACCAGUGGAUACUCCUGGGAGUCGAGGUGAUCAAUUCAAAGAAAUGGACCUUAAAUUGCACCCUGAAUUGAAAGAGCCCUUAACAGCUCUAUGUAAUGAUCCAAAGACAACGAUAGUUGUCCUUAGUGGGAGCAAGAGAGAUGUCUUGGAUGAGGACUUUUGGGAGUAUGACAUGUGGUUGGCUGCGGAAAAUGGGAUGUUUCUACGCCAUACAAAGGGAGAUUGGAUGACAACCAUGCCAGAACACCUGAAUAUGGAAUGGGUUGAUAGUGUGAAGGUAACUAAAUUGUACUUAAUGCACUCUACAUCCAAUUUGUCUUUCCUGCUUUGCCUAAUUAUGCUGAUGGCACGAUGGCAGCAUGUUUUCGAGUAUUUCAGAGACAGAACACCAAGAUCACAUUUCGAUUUUCGUGAGACAUCACUUGUAUGGAAUUACAAGUAUGCAGAUGUAGAGUUCGGACGACUUCAGGCGAGAGAUAUGCUGCAGCAUCUCUGGACCGGCCCAAUUUCUAAUGCAUCUCUUGAUGUUGUUCAAGGAAGUCGAUCAGUUGAGGUGCGACCAGUCGGUGUUACAAAGGGGGCAGCCAUCGAUCGUAUUUUAGGAGAGAUAGUUCACAAUAAAUCGAUGACAACGCCGAUUGAUUACGUCCUUUGUGUCGGACAUUUCCUGCAGAAGGACGAAGAUGUUUAUACGUUUUUCGAGCCCGAGCUGCCUUCUGAUGCAACGAGUGUGCCUAGAAGCAAGCCAACAAGCGAUGGAUCAAGGUUACCUACAGAGAGAAAGGUUCCUUCGAAGCUUCCAGCAAAUAAAAAUGGGGCAAAAUCAUCGCAGACUAAGACACCCUGUCCUUCUCCUGCCCCUGACAGAAGAACCAGCAAUAAUAACCAUAACGGUGGGAACAUACGGCGUGCACCACCCGAAAAGGAAAAGAUGGCCUGGAGCGUGCUUGAUCUCAAAGGAGAUAACUACUUCUCCUGCGCCGUUGGACGGACACGUACAAGUGCUCGAUAUAUACUUGGUUCAUCGGAUGAAGUGAUCGCAUUUCUGAACAGACUAGCGAAUGGCUCUUGAUCAUGGACAAUAAUCCAUCUCUCCAGCAUGUCAAGACUCGGAAACUGACAGAACACAGCAAACAAAAGGCGUUCUUGGACGUUCGAGACAGAUAUGCCGCCGUUUGUUUAUCGCCACUUCUUUGAUUCUCUCGUCCUUCGAGAGCAAACUCAACUUUUCAGGCACAUGAAUAAACCGCCGCACAGUUCAUAGUAGUCUCUCUCCAUAUGUAUUAUGAAGGAAAACAAUAUAUGGCGACAAAAUUUUCGCUUCAUUGUUGCACUCGUUUUUACAACAGCUACACUUGCUUUUACCU